AUAGAAUAUAUAACCACCGUAAACCUUUGAGGAUCGGCUCUUUUCCUUAGCUGCUACCGGCCGUUUCUUUCAUCCUGGAAUCUUUCUUUCCAACUCUCAAAUUGUUGGCCAAAGAUUUAAUCAGAUUGUCGUUCUGCAUCCUUUAACAAGUUGAGAGUUUUAAGAAGAGCUUACCGGAGGACGUUAUCAAGGUGCCGCACUUAUUUGAGUAAUUUGAGUUCAGCUCCUAACAGGUGCCUUACGAAAAUGAGGAGAACCCGUGGUCGUCCAGUAGGUGGCAGCAAUGCUCAAGGAAGCAGUAAUGAGCAAGGAAACAAUCACGAGCAAGAUUUGGCAGGUAUUGUAGCGCAACUUCAAAGGCAAUUGCAGGAGCAGCAACAAACUAUUGACCGAUUGACCGCGAACAAUCAAAGGGGCGGUGGUGAAGGAGGAAAUGCUGGAGAUAAUCAAGCUAGGAGGAAUGGAGCACCGAGGCGAGAACCACUAAUGAUAACUUGGAGGAAGAUCAAGCCCGCAGAUUUUGAGGGGGGUCCCGACCCUCUAGCUGCUCAGGGAUGGCUGAAGACCAUUGAAGGCAUUGCUAAUGGUUUGGAAUUAGCAGAUAAUGACAAGGUUCGAUGCGCGUCUUAUAGCCUCACCAUGGAUGCUCGAAUAUGGUGGGAGACUGUGGAAACAAGGUAUAACGUUGCGCAGAUGACAUGGGAGCAGUUCAAAGAGGAGUUCACCAACCAGUAUUUCAAUGCUAGUGUCACACGUAAGUACCAGGAUGAGCUUCAGAAUCUACGUCAGGGAACCAUGGAUGUAGCAACCUUGGCGGCACAAUUUCAGAGACUACUACGUAUUUGCCCUACAGCUGCUCCGACAGAGAGGGAUAAGGUGAAGUUGUUCCUGAAAGCCCUUAGGAAGGAUAUAGCAGUUCACUUGGAGAACGGUAACCAGACCCCAGCUACAUUAGUUGACUGUGUCCUUAUAGCGAGUCAAAAGGAGUACUACCUCCCUACCGAUCCAGUGCCCGCUCAGCCGCAACAUGUGCCUUUACAGUCGCAGAAUCAACCACAGGGAUACACGAACAAUUCAAAGAAUAACAAGAAGAGAAGCUUUAAGGGCAGUGAUGGCAAGGGAGUUGGACGUCAUCAGGAGCGACAAAAUAAACAGAUGAAGUUUCCGCAGUGUGCGAAUUGUGGCCGUAAUCAUCCAGGCCAAUGCAGAUUGGGUUCGAGAGCUUGCUUCACUUGUGGCCUUGAGGGACAUAUGUUCAAAGAUUGUCCAAGAAAGAAUCAGCAAGGCUACCAGAUCACUCAGAUGCCGAGGAAUCCAGCACCUUCAGCGGUUGUCCAUAAUAUGCAGGCUUAUCUAGAAGGACCAUCCAUCCAGCAAGGACGUCUUGAAGCACCACCAGAGGCCCCGGUUGCUAGAGUGUUCACAAUCUCAAGGGAAGAGGCAUCGAUAAAUCCUGGCGUGGUCACAGAUACUAAAGGUAAGGCCAAGGCCUAGGAAGGUGAUGAGAGAGUGGAACGCGUGCCAAGACGAGUUACGGGGACGACCUUGGCGGCUUCCAG